CCGUCCCUCACCCUCUAUCCCACCCCUCAUCCACCAAACAGAAGAGGCCCCCAAGCACCUCCAUAUAUUGCGACUAGCUUUGACUUCACAUCUACUCGUUCAAAUGGCAGACACAACAUCCUCUCCUCCACCGGCGGCCACGGCUGCCUCACCCGUCACGCCCAUCAACCUCGUUCUUCUCUCCCUCUUCGUGAUCCUGGUCUACUUCCGCCUCAGGCCCGCAAAGCCGCAGACGCUGCCUCGCGCUCCUCCCCCCACCGUAUUCCGCACCUUCACUCCGCCCGAGCUAUUUCCCUACAAUGGUCUGAACGGCAUGCCAGUCUACCUGGCGGUGCGCGGACAAGUCUUCGACGUGACGGCCGGCAGGCAGUUCUACGGGCCAGGCGGUCCCUAUGCCAACUUUGCCGGUCGCGACGCCAGUAGAGGACUGGCUUGCGGCAGCUUCGACGAGGACAUGCUGACCAAGGAUCUGGACGGACCAUUGGACACCCUCUCGGACCUGGGCGAGGAGGAGAUGGAAGCUCUUCGCGGCUGGGAGGAGAGAUUCCUGGAGAAGUACCUCGUCGUGGGCAAGCUGGUAGCCGUGGGCAGCGAAGAAGCAAAGGCCGCCGCUGCCCAAAAGUGAGGAAAAGGGAAUGACUAGUAACAGUAUACGGGGGAUGCACCGGAUAGGGCCAAUAUGGUUCCCCGGUGAGGCACAGACCAUGUACUCUCAGUUACGCAUGGCGCUACGGGGACAGUAUACGAUAGAGGAGGCCCGAAAUAAACUGUGAUCUGAUCUCGAC